AGCCGCAAGAAAAUCAAGUUCGCCUAGAGCCAUGAAUUGCAAGAGAAAGAAACAAACUGUGGCUGAAGAUAUCAGUGAUGCAAAAACCAGAAAGGAGGACACUCGCCUUUAUUGUUUAUGUAAACAAUUAGAUGAUCCUGAUAGAACAAUGAUCCAGUGUGAUUUUUGUGACGAAUGGUUCCAUCCUGCCUGUGUUGAUCUGGAAGAGGGUGAAGUUAAUGAUGUUGGAAGAUGGUACUGCCCACCAUGUACAGAUGUUAUGGCACAAAAUCCAUCACUGUCGCGUAAAGGUUUUCUUGGGUUUCAAGGGAGAGUAGCACCGAAAGAGGGAUGGGGAGAAGAAUUUUUGUUGGAGGUCAUCGAUGAGUCUGUCAUUCAAGUAGAAACCAAAAGACAUCAUGUUGAAGGCUGGAACCUGUUUCGAGAAGGUCGUGUUACUGGACUGAGCAGCAAUAAAAACGGAAAUUAUGUAUAUUUCCGUAGUCAGUGUCAGGCAUCCAUGAGACAGCUGUCCUAUAAUGUGUUUAUCUGUUUCAAGGGCAGUCGAAGGCUUAAGUGGUCAACCUGUUCGUGCCCUGCUGGAAUCGAUGGCCAGUGUAAGCAUCUUGUGGCAACUUUGUAUUGUUUGAUAGAUCUGUACAGACUAGGGAUAAACAAAAUCCCAGAUGCUAAGACAUGCACACAAAAACUUCAAAUGUGGCAUGUCCGAAAACCUGUGACAGACGAACCACUGCUUUUUUCUGACAUAAACUUUGUUAAGCAUGACCCAGAGAGACCAGCAAAAGGGGACCUUGGUUGUAGUGUGAAGCAACAUAAUCCUGUACUUGAGUUUGCAAGCACUGUGACACAGGUAAAAAUUCAGAAACUUGUUAACUUAUAUCAUUCCAAUUGUAUUAAGUUACCAGUCAUAGACACCAUCAGGACCAAUCAAUGUAUUCCAGUGUUGCCUAAACAGCAAAUGGAUGGAAGCCUUCAUUCUGAACUUUUUGAAUUAAUGAAUGGAACAGAAUAUAACUUUAGUGUGGAUGAUUACACAACUAAAUUGACUGCAUCAGAGAAACAACACUACAGUUCCAUUGUGGAAAAAUGGUGGAAUAAUAAGAGAAGCCCCCCUUCUUUCAACAUCUUCGCGAAUGUCAAAUCCCCGAUCAACCAUGAGGCUAUCACCAUCUUCCAUCCUUUACGAAGACGCACUAGUGUUAUGAAGAGCUCUUCCAUUGGUGAGAUUGAUCUAGAUGGUCCACGUUUCUUUAAUAAGUCAUACGGUGUACCAGAUGAUGUGUUCUCUGUGCCCACAUAA